UGGCGGCUGACAAGAAAAUAUUUACUACGAGAUUUUUACCGGGAUUUUAAGACCUCAUAAAACAACUUAUGGCUCAAAGUGAGGUACCUACGCCAAAAGUCGUUCCUGAAGGACAGGUUUAUCGUCAGAUAUUUGAUGCUGAGGUUAGCUUGGUCGAAUCUCUGGAAAAAGAAAGAAGAUCAUACAAAUCUAAAUCAGCUCCUGUUCUGCCGUUGGUAAGGGAGUCUAGAUCUGUGACAGGACAUGGGAUUUUGUCAAGAAGGCAAAGAGAAUGGACACAAGCAAGGCUGAACGAUUCCUAUAUCGAAAACCCAGUCUACUACAAAUAUGCAGCACUGGAAGCAAUAGAAAGAGAUUCUGUACCUGAUAACUAUGAAGCUAUUCAAGAAGUCAGAGGCCUUAUGUCUGACCUACCAAAAAAAUCCCAGGCAAAAUCCAACAUUGUAGAAAAAAUCAAGGCUAGUAGAAAGGAGAGACAUGAGACUACCCUAGAGGAUAUGUACCAGGAAUUGGCUAUGAUAAGUACAGAUUUAGAACCAAGAAUUAUUGAAGCCAGUGAAACUCUCCAAGUAAAACUUGCUGAGAAUGAUAAAGAAAUUGAUCAUUUGAUGCAGUUGAUAGAGAAGGAUGAUGACUUGAUAGGAUAUGAGAUAAAAGAUCUUCAUAAGUUAUGGAUUAACGUAGCUGCGCAUUCCUCAGUGAGGCAGUCAUGGAUCAAAGAUAUGCAGAAGAGUCUAGAACAAGUAGAACUGGACAGAUCUUCUUUGUUACGAGAGACCCUUCGAAGCUAUGACAAGACCCUGGAGAGAAUAGCUCAUCUGAUGCCACCAGAUGUUCAUAGGAUGCUAGAAAAAGAAGCCUUACACAUUAACUCAACUAUUCUCACUAACAAAAGGUCAUGUGCUGAUCUGAUUGCACACUUAUUGAGUGCUGACAUAGAGAGGGAGCGCAAAUGUUACAUUAAGUGGCAAACGAGAGUAGAAGACUGGAGACUACUCAAGUGCAAGGAAUCUACCAGGAAGUUUAGUGAAUUUAUGCAGAGUCCUCCAAUCAAAGACCCACCAGAUGUUCAAAGAGAACUAGAGUGUUUUACAUUGGAACAAAAAGCAAUCAAUAGUAGAAGGCAUGAUAUACUUGAAAGUUUGAGAAAUCUUAAGCCACCAAACUCCACCAAAUCUGCAGUGUAUCAAUGGCAUAGUUCACUGGUUUCUCUUGGACAUGAUCUAGAGGAGCUGCAUAUAAAAUACAAGACGAUAUUGAAUGAAGAAUAUGAAAAAGUGAUCCAACGAUGCCUAGAAGAAGUAUGCAAAUAUAAGGAAGAAUUCAUUGCAAGUGGCAUUCUAGAUGAUGUUCGUAUUGAUGAGGUGCUGAACGAACAUUUUCUUCCUCUUGUGGGCGAGAAGCAAACCAAGUUUGAAUACGAAGUCGAAAAGAUGGAGCGUUCUUUGGAGAACCUAACAAGUUUUCAAGAGAUGUUGAUCAAGUCCUUGUUCAAGUUUGUUCAAGGGUCUGCUCACUUGUGGGACUUACAUGAGCUGGGGUUAGCACACCAAGAACGAACAUUACAGGAAUCGCUGGAGAAAAAUCGUCAAGAUCACGAUGCUGUUAACCAGGUGAAGGAAGCAAACCUUGACAUCGUUAUGGACAAGAUGAGACAAGAUUCGACCCAAACGGCGUUGACUGUAAGUCUCAAUCAAGCAAUGGCUCUUCUUAAAACUAUAAAACAAAUGUACCAUGAUUUCCACAAUGCCCAAGUGGAGACUGCGUGUAGCUACCCUGCCAUGGUCCAGGAGGAAUUAAAGACUUAUGACAGUGAGAUCUGCAAGUACUUCCAGGUCAACAGAAAUCCCCCUAAGGAGCUUGGCAAAGGAAAGGCAGCCAUUUCUCCACAUCCACAACGCCAAACCAAGGUGGGUCACCAGGCACUGGAAGACAUCUUGACGACCUCGAAUGGAACCUCUUUUUACAUUCUGAAAGAACCUGGUGAACACGGCUUACCUGAUACACCUGAGAGCAUUAGGAGCAUGAAGACAUGUAUGACAUUCUUGACUGAGAACUCUGACGCAGAAGACACAGCGUCACCCUACUUAGAUGCCAUUUCCAUUAAAGAAGAACUGUUUGUUGAAUUAAGAAAGCAUGUAAGAAUGGAGUUUCUAGAACACCUUGAGAAAUGGAAAGAACAGGCGCUGGAACACUCCAACAGUGUUGUAUCAGCUAAGAUGGAAGAGCUGAAUAGUGAGCUUGAUCUAAGACUCCAUCUACACGAACCCAGAGCAGCAAGAGCUCAACAAGAUGUUCAUAACGUGCGUGCAGCUGAGUUAAUUCUACACAGAGACAGAGUUGACCAACAUUGUAAAGGCGUUGUCACCACAUUAAAUGAGUUUAAAACUCGAUUCCACGAGAUGGUUGAAGAACACGAUAAAGAGACGGAAUACUUCAAACGCUCUGUUCAGGAACUGGAGGCAACAUUCGUAUCAGCCACUAAAACCCACGAACUUCUUGCUAUUCAGGACCAAGUGACGAAUCGUGUAGAACAGUACAUGGAUAUCAUACGGAGUUCUAUUCGAAGUUUUCGCCAUGAUCUUGAUGGGAUACUCAGUACUUUGAGGAAUUCUAACGCGAGAUUCCGUAAAACAUUCAAGGUGUUUUCUGAUGGCGGUAACUUUUCGACAGAUGAAAUCGAUGAAUAUCGAAAAAGAUUGGAGAAGAUGGCUAGCAGGAUAGACUCAUCUGAAGGUUCAUUUAUGGGUGAACUAGAAGGAAUGGAGACCAAACGACUGGAAGCUGCUACUGAUUAUGCUGGAAAACUAGAAGACAGAUUCAAACAUCACUUGUUCGACCUGACGUACAUCGAGAAAAUCACCCGAUGGUUGACAAACAUUCAAGUCAAAGUUAAAAGCGAGGUGGCAUUCAGUAACUCUCAGGCCAAGAAGUUAGCAGUCUUCAUGGCUACAUUUGACAGACAUAUUGAUGCUGUUGAAAAACCAAAUCUCGAUAAAGAGCAAGUUACUGCUCGUGAAGUACAAGCAAGUUUAAUCCCGAUCUUACAAGCCUUUCACGAGCGCUGUGUCUAUCUAAACGCUUUACUCAACGAUGCAACACCAAGCUUGAACGUCCUCAGAUCGGGGAUUAAAGUGGGGUUUAGCGAUGAGAAGAACGCAGAUCAGAAGGACAAGCAAAGCGCUGUUAAACCUGAACUGAAAUCAAGAAAGAGCAAAAAGAAACAGAAAUCUGUGCAAGAGAUUGACGUCAUCGAGGAGGAGAACAAACCCAAGACAAGCCCUCUAUCUAUGACAUCUUCUAAAAGCCUAGAUGAUGAAGACAGACCCAAAACUGUUCCUUCAGAUUUGAAGAGAACAGACAUCGAAAAGGUCAAGAGUGCCGGCCGUACAAGGAAGACCAGUGGAAACAAGAAAGAUCAAGGACCUAAAUAUGAUAAAAAGUAUUUGAUUUUCGGAGAAGUUCCUGACGAUGGAGAACAUUUCCUGGCUAAAAUCAACAACAUCUUGAGGGAGGGACUCGAAGGUCUGCUGGCCACUGCAGAGAUGUACUACAGACAGAAGGGUUUACAAAGGUUACCCACACGUCCUAAAGCCAUUCAAGAGAAUUUUGACGCCUGCGCCGAAAUCCUUGUCCAGCGGUUGUUGUCGUACAAGACUCAAGCAGAGGAUUACCAUAAUUCCUGUAUUCAAGAACUUCGAAGCCAACUGCAGAAGUUUUCUACUCUGAUUGUGCGUGUUCCUCCACUUGCAAUCAACGUUGUCUUGGAAGAACAGAUGAAAGAACUGGAGAACAAAAGAGAACAGAAGCGAAAAGAAUAUCAGCAACACAGAACUGAACUAGAUCAAAGAAAACAACAAUAUCAGUCCCAGCUGCGACCAAGCCUUGGCCAUCCUCAUAACCGUAACGAAAUGGACUCGUUGUGUCAGCAAGAAAUACAGCGAACCACGGAAGCAAAUAAUGCUAUCCGAGAUCAUGCUGAUACUUUAAUGAAAAUGGAAGUACAGUUUGGCGCGUCGUUUGUCGAGAAGCUGGCACACAUUUGUGAGACGAUGUUACUACAGUUUGAUGCUGUCCUUACUAUAGAUGACGUGUUAGUUGGAGUCGUGGAGCCGAAGCCCAAAACCACUAAACAACUUUUAAGAGACAAAAUAGCAGGAGGCGAAGAGAAUAAAGAUAAACUGGAGCCGUUUCCUUCAGGCAGUGCCACGUGGGAUGGUCUUCCAACCAAUGAAUUCGACAUUGAGCAACGCAUGGAGAAGAUAACAAGAACCCCAACAAUCAAAACCGUCAAAACAACUCAGGCGCACUUCGCUGCUAUCAAAGCACGUGACAAGGCUUACGAGGAAUACAAAUCUAAAUUCUUUGCUGCACUAGUGAGUAUAAAAGAGAAAAGAAAUGCUGAACUUGAUGAUGAAGCACACUGGAGUAAAAGCUGGCAAAGAUCUACUGAAACCAUUAAAAAUUUGUAUUAAAUAUUAUUUUGGUUCAUAACUUUCAUUUUAUAUUUUUUUCUGGGAGGAUUUUUUAAUCAUUCUCGAUAACUCUAUAUUUUGAACAAAAUGUAAUUUAUUGAACAUAAAUUCUAUGAGGUUGUGUGUAUAUUUCUUGUUGAAUGUUUUAAUAUCGUGGAAUGUUUUUCUUCCACAAAAUUGUGUAA